ACCGCAUUCUCAAGCCAAUUCUUCAGCCUUCACCUCACCGCUAUAAUCUGAGGCAUUUUCACUUCACUAUUCCAUCACAAUAAGCCAGUAAACAAGCCAAACUUCUUCAGAAAACUCGGAAAAAUCGAAGCUUUGUGUAAAGAUUUGAAGCUCCUUUCCUCCCUUUCUUGUAGAGGAAAAUGGAGGUAGCAGUAAUUGAUUGGAAGAGCAUAGAUUCGAGGUUUGCCAAAGAUGAGGUUUAUGAGAAUAUCAAUGCUCCUCAAUGGGUUGAUUUUUCUGCCCCUGAUGCCUCCGUUGAUGAUGAGUCUUGGUUCUGUAGACCAGAUUGUAAUCAUCCAAAAAGGGUUGAAGAUUUCUUCAAAGAAACAACUCCACAUUUUAAGAGGUCGGCUAGUGUCUCAGAGAUACUUCCAUUUGGUGAAAGAACAAGGAGAGAUGCUACACUGAAGAAGAGGGGACUAAGAGGACCUUCAAUAUCACCAAUCAAGGACUUGAAGUAUGGAAGGAUUACUGAAGACAGUGAGAACCAGAAUCCCAAUUUCUUGACCCCUCCCCAUUACAAAGGUAAAUUCAUGAAAGAGGGAAUAAAAUCAGGCACAGAGAAGAAACAAAUUCGUGAAAGUACAUUGAAGAAGGAACAACCACGAAGUCUCAGAAGUACCUUGUCUGCAAAGAAUCUGUUUGCUGGCAGCGAUAUACUUAAUAAGGUGGCAGAGUUUUGCAAUGAAUUGAAGAAGUUGGCAACAAGGGCCAAGGACAGAGAGAAUGUGGAGGAGAAGUUGAUUAAAGACCAUGUGAGGGAUGAUUCUGGUGACCUAGAUGAUAAAGAAAAAGAAAGGAAACCAUUGCUUGAGGCAAGCAUGGAGAAACAUGAAGCACAGCAAAAUAGCAAGUUCCAGGAUAAGCGGACAAGGAAGAAGAGAUAUGAUGAUGCAGAAAACACUCCAGUUACUAUCAAUGUUAAGACCAUCAAGCAUCAAGAAGAGACAUUGUUGCAGAUUAGGACUUGUCCUCCCACUCCACAAUGUUUUUCAGCCAGCCGUGGACCUUCCAAUGCUACCCACACCCCACCACAAGCUUUCAAGUCUAGAAUGCCGGAGAGAGGAGUUCUGCAGGAGCUGGGACAGAGGAAUUUCGAUGAGAAGAAUAAUGAGAUAGGAAAGAAGAGCAAUCAUGGAGGGCAUGCGGCGAUGAUUGGUGAAAAAGAAGCCAAGCCUUUGGAUGUAUUAUGGUUUCUAAAACCUUGCACACUUUCUAGUUAGUCCAUUUAGAAGUCAAGCCAGACAUUCAAUUGUAUUCUCUCAUUCUUUCAUUCUUUCGUAUCAGGUGCUUCUUAGACACACAUACAUAUAUCCACAUUCUUCAAUUCAUUUGUCCAUUCAUCUCAUCUCAUCUACUGGGAAAUAUAUAUUGUAAUAAGAACAUGGUUUGUGCCAGAAACCAACUUCAGUAAAUAAAACUUGUUGUCUUUGUCCUUCA